AUGAACACGACAACUAAGGUGCUGCGCCUCCCCGAAUUGGUAAAAGAAAUCUUGCUCUAUUACGAUUACCACUUCAUCGCUCAACGCGUGUGUUCGCAAUGGCAAGCUGUUAUCAUGCAGUCCCCUAAGAUCCGGAGAGCGCUAUCUCUAAUUCCCAGUGAGCAUGGAAAGCCACAUAUUAAUCCUUUCUUUAUGACUAAAUUAUGCCACUGGAAAGACCCCCACAUCCAACAUGACUACCCCUUCUCUAUGAAAUUACCCUCAGAGCAUGGUGCAUGGGUGAACGGCGUCGAACAGCCAUUUUCAUCCGCGAGCAUCCUGGAGACAAAUGCUUCCUGCAAGUAUCCCUUGUGUAUUAUCAUUCCAGCUCGCAGGACCAUUCCAAGACGUGUCCUACUGUUGGAAGAGUACGAAACCCAGUGGUCAGGAGUCCUCCUCCAGCAGUAA